AUGUAUGUGGAUUGCCAGUUAAAUAAUUUCGAAAAAGUGUACCGCGUGUAUUUUGAUGAGUUCUCUAUCUCGAUAGAGGAUGUCAAGACGGAAGUGAUCCGUCAAAUGCGUGUUAGUGAGGAUCGGAACUGGGAGUUCAUAGCGAUGGAUCCGGAGACCCUAGAGGAAUACAAGGAUGAUGAUACUGUGCGCCAUAACACGGUGAUCCAUCUCAAACGCCGAAUCAUUCCAGAGAGCCAGCUACAGGAGAGGAAGAGGAAGCUGGAGUGGAAGCGCCGCGAAGCUCAACUCGAGAAGCAGUUACAGGAGUUGAAGUCAGCUGCCCUCGACCGUAAACAGAUAGACUUAACGAAGAUGGAAGGAACUGAAGAGGAGAAAAUCAAGAAGAUGAUGGAGAUGUCAACGGCGGAUUAUGCACCGUCAAAGUGGCUGAAGGUGCCAGUCAAACAAAUUGGACCGGUGCCUACCUCUUACGUCUGCCGCCGUUGCCAUAAGCCUGGUCAUUGGGUGUACCAAUGUACUUUCACCGUCAACGGGAAGCCGGCUUCAAUAAAAAAAGCUAAAGGGAUCCCGAAGACGAUGAUGGUAGAAGUCGAGGGCCCCGAAGUUCCAGGAGCAAUGCUGACCGCAACGGGAAAGUACGCUGUUUACUCUGGGCUUAAGGAACAGCCGUCAUCAUCACCAUCAUCAGCAACGGCCUCGUCACCGCCAGUUCCAUCCUCAUCGUCACCAUCAUCAUCACCAUUAACAUUAACAUCGUCAUCAUCAGAUCCACCAUCAUUAACGCCUUUAUCGAUACCAUCAUCGAAGUCACCAGCAACAUCAUCAUCUGUGCCUCCGCCAUCGUUGCCACUAGAACCAUCUUCGUUAUCAGCAUCGUCGCCAGCGCCAUCAUCAUCAUCACCAUCGCAGGGUACUACCGGGUUUUCAUCAAAUAGCUAUACCCCGAACACCUCCGACAAUGCUUGGUACAAUUCAUCUUCGGAUUAUCAAGGCUCGGGGUAUGAGAACAGUUAUUAUGGGUACCCUGUGUAUCAGCCAUAUCUUGGAGGGGAACCAUCUUACCCUGAGGUAGAUGGUUAUCCAGGAUACAACGGCUACAACGACUACCAACAACAAACGCAGGUAGUUGAAAAUCCUCUUGAUGAAUUCGAGAGGUAUCUUCAAAAGAAGGAUGCUGAGAAGGGGAACCGGAAACAUAGGACUAAAGGCUCCAGGUCCUUUGAGGGACACAGAAGAUCACCCUCUUCUUCGAGGAAACGAACAAAAUAUUAUUAA